AUGAAGCUCUUUGCCCCCCCCCGAGAAGAUCUGAGUAGUCACGACGAAAACGAGCAACCCUGGGGGACGCCCUGCACUCAGCUCCUCGUCUUUGUUGCCACGCCGGGCUGCGAUGGGUUUCCCAGCCUGGACUCCAAGGAAGGCUAUAAGCUGUCCGUCUCGGAAGGCUCCUUGCUGCUCUCUGCGGAUGCUGUCUGGGGAGCUCUCAGAGGCCUGGAAACGUUCAGCCAGCUCGUUGGGAGAGAUGAGAACGGCAUGUACUACAUCAACAAGACAGAAAUCGUGGACUUUCCCCGCUUCCCUCACCGGGGACUGUUGCUGGACACCUCUCGUCACUACCUGCCUCUGAGAGCCAUCCUGGAAACUCUGGAUGUCAUGGCUUACAACAAGUUCAAUGUGUUUCACUGGCACAUUGUGGAUGACCCGUCUUUCCCCUAUGAGAGCUUGACCUUCCCAGAGCUCAGCAAGCAGGGAGCCUUUAAUGCCAUGACCCACGUGUACACAGCCAGUGACGUGCAAACGGUGAUCGAGUACGCCCGGCUGCGUGGCAUCAGAGUCAUCGCAGAGUUCGACACUCCUGGGCACACCCUCUCCUGGGGUCCAGGUGCUCCAGGCCUCCUGACUCCCUGCUAUUUGGGCAAGGAUCCUUCUGGGACCUAUGGGCCCAUCAACCCCAUCCUUAACAGCACCUACCAGUUUGUGACCAGUUUGUUUCAAGAGGUCAGCUCUGUGUUCCCAGACUUCUUUCUUCACCUCGGUGGCGACGAGGUGGACUUCACGUGCUGGAAAUCCAAUCCAAAAAUUCGUGCCUUCAUGAAGGAGAUGGGCUUUGGUGAAGAUUACAAAAAACUAGAGUCAUUCUACAUCCAGAGGCUUCUGGACAUCACCUCUUCCCUCAGCAAAGGUUAUAUCGUGUGGCAGGAGGUAUUUGACAAUGGAGUGAAGGUGAGGCCAGACACCAUCAUCCACGUGUGGAAGAACUCCCCGCCGUACAUGCAGGAGAUGGCAAACGUCACCAAGGCUGGCUACCGGGCUCUGCUCUCUGCCCCCUGGUACCUCAACCACAUCUCCUACGGGCAGGACUGGAUGGCAGCCUACCAGGUGGAGCCCUUGAAGUUUGAAGGCAGCCCUGAGCAGAAGGAUCAGGUGAUCGGCGGAGAGGCGUGCAUGUGGGGUGAAUAUGUGGAUGCCACUAACCUGGCCCCCAGGCUCUGGCCAAGAGCUGGGGCCGUAGCCGAGAGACUGUGGAGUAAUGCGACCGUCAGGGACCUGCAUGAUGCCUACGUGCGGCUGGCCGGCUUCCGCUGCAAACUUCUCGGGCGUGGUGUCCAGGCGCAGCCUCUCUAUGUAGGAUACUGUGAAAAUGAAUUCGGUGGGUUUUGAAGGGAGAGUCUCACUGACCUCGGUCGCUGUGCACCCAGGAGGAAUGAUCCCUCUCUCUCAAAAGCUGCUGGCUUGGCAGAGGGACCCCUUCCCGCCCCCAGCUUCUGCUCUUGCUUUGUUGCAAUGAACGUGUUUUUUUUUUCCUUAGUGUGCACUCUUCACCUCCUUUUCUAUUUUCGUUUCUUUAAAUGUAUAAAUAAAUGACCCUAAAGAGGAAAAAGGUGCCCUUUCAUGCUCGGCUGGGCCUUGGGAGACCGUGCAAGGGUUUUUGUUAGCAGGAGAAAUGGGUAGGGCUUGCUCCCAGAGAUGCCGGUGGAGGAGCGUCUGGCUGUGCCUCAUCCCGGUGGCUCCGGAGCUUGCUGGGUGCCUCCUCAGCUGGGUAAGCUGUGUUCAGUCUCUGCUGCGAUCAGGAUUUGGCCGACUGCUCCGUCCUCAUCCUGCUCUGUUGUCCUCGGGGUGGGGAGCUCAGCUCCGGGUCUGCAUCCGAGAGGUUUG